AAAUGGCAGCCAUGUUUGUUAUGUACAAAACCUAUGGAAAAUAAAAAACGCGCGGAAAGAGUUCCCUCUCUAGCUCCCUUCGGGAGCUUACGUAUACGUAAGAUCGUAUCUCUGUGAAAUUUUUGCAUUGUGGGAAUUAAUGGUUUUUCUCUGUGAUGAGGUCAUCGUAUAUGAAAACACAGUCUCUGUAUGUGCAAUAUCGCUAUAGUGCAGUGCAGUGCAUAUCCAUGCAGUGUACAUGUAGGGCCUAUGCAAAAGAAAAAGUCAUCACCGAUGCGGACGUAACGACGAUGAAAUCAAGUUUUUGAGAAGUUUGAGGAGUGGUGGACUGUUCUUUGUAUAUAUAUUUAUUGGAUAUUUAGUAUAUCUAUCAUAAAAUGUCUACACCGGCGAGAAGGCGACUCAUGAGAGAUUUUAAAAAAUUACAAGAAGAUCCACCAGCUGGCGUGAGUGGUGCACCUUCAGAAAAUAACAUAAUGUUAUGGAAUGCUCUUAUAUUUGGGCCCCGUGACACCCCAUUUGAAGAUGGAACGUUCAAGCUAACUAUUGAAUUUACAGAAGAGUACCCCAACAAACCACCCACAGUACGCUUUAUAUCAAAGAUGUAUCACCCUAAUGUAUAUGCCGAUGGAGGAAUCUGUUUGGAUAUCCUACAGAAUAGAUGGAGUCCUACAUAUGAUGUAUCAGCAAUCCUUACUUCAAUACAGUCCUUACUGGACGAGCCUAACCCCAACAGCCCAGCAAACAGCCAAGCUGCACAGCUAUACCAAGAAAACCGACGGGAAUACGAAAAGAAGGUGACUGCUAUCGUUGAAACCAGCUGGAUGGAUAACAAAUCAUGAUAAAAGGGAUAGAGGAGAGGAAGAGGUGAAUCUGUUGUCAUCGUAAGAUGUCGAUUGAGUCAAGCUUAACAAUCUUCAUUUUUAGAAGAAAAUAAUUUUCAUGUGAUAAGCUAGGAGGUACUUUUGUUUCUAGUCUAAUCCCUGAUUUAGUGGUAUCCUUUAUAUCCAUUACUAAAUUUGCAUCACUCCCCUUUGUAAGAAUACACAGUAGCUAAUAGCCAAUGGUAGCCAGUCACGUCAAGCACAAAUGAUUUCAGCCAGUGAUCUACGUCCUAAAUGUCGUAACCUGUUGACUACCGAAUUCCUUUAAAUUGUGUGCAUGGACAAACCAGUUUCAGGUGUCAACUGGUUAAUUCAGUCAGUUCAGUGGGUGUUGACCUAUUGGUGUUGGUGUUGGGUAGAUUUUUACAUCACCAUUGCACCGAACUAAAAAAUACUGAUCUCAGAGCAAGUUUCACUUGGUGUUGAGUUAUCCUUUGUGUUAUUUGGACUUAAAAACUUUGGUCAGGCGUAGGAGUUAUGGCAGGCAAUGCAAAUUGUGUUUCUAACACCAACACCAGCACUAAUAUUAAACUUGAUCACCCAGUGUUAACCUGCUAGCAAUGUCAGAAUUCAUCAUUCAAAAUAGAGUGUGCUUUUACCCUUUGUAAAUGGUAAAGUAAAUGCUGCUUGUACAUUGAGGAUUGAACAUCCCUCAAGCCAGCCCUUUGCUUAAGAUAUACAAAAUUUAAGAUGACAAAUUAUGGUGUUCAUGGCUUUCCAUAGUUAAGACAGUUGCAGGGAAGCAUUUCAUGAUUAAACUAACAAGUUUGCUCUUGACCAAUUGGGUGCAAGGAUUUUAGGUAGUUUAUAACAAUUGGUGAAAGUCGCUGAUUAGGAAUGCAGCAAAUUCACAAUCCACAGCACUUUUCUAGCACUGGUAUUUGGGUGAUGAAAUAUGGAUAAAAGAAAUUGAUGUGAACUUCCACAAAGAGUUUAAGGGCAUUUAAUCAGAAAUUUGAUUGGGAAGAUUUGGAUACAUUUUCUGUAGUAAAUAUGCUCCUUCCAAAAAUCCAAUCGGAACUGACUAUAUCAAUUUUCCACGCUGCAUUUGGUUAUGAUGUUCUCCACUCUACUGAAAGCAAUUGACAUGGUUCAGUUUGUCAAGGGGGGGUAUUAUGAUUUGAGAACCCACCUUGGUCCUUGGUGGGUUUCAUGACUUAUUUUUCAAUACUUGCUCAAGCCCAAUCAGAUGCAGAGAUUUCAGUAGCUUAUAAUGCUGGUCGGUGAAAAUCUCUUUGUGAAAUGCCUUCCCAGCUCCCCAGUAUUUGUUUGCUGCUGACUCUUCUUUAUUCUUUAAAUAUCAAGAAUUUCAAUCUGACUUUAGCCCCAAAACACAAAUGUUCGGAAUGGAUUGCAAAUAUGAAAGAACAAUAUCUCCUUGGUUCCUGGUCAGUAUUUUGAUCAAAAUGAAAAUGUACAAUAAUCCCGAUUUGCCAUUGCCAUUUAGGGAUCAAGCAUUUGACUGGCUUUCACUAUUAAUUGCAUUGAAAUUUAAUGUUAUUGCAAUCAAUUGUUGAAAAAGUCUUAGAAUCAAUUUCAAACCUUUGUGCUUCAGGGCCGAGGGACCCUUAACACUUACAUCUCAGUCCUUUAUUGUAGCAGCCUGAUUAGUACACUUGAUGAUAUUAAAUAAUAAUAAUAUAAUAUAGGGUAUUUAUAUUGCGCACAUAUCCACCUUGUUAGGUGCUCAAGGCGCUCCUAUAUAUUACCCGGCUAAGCUAGGCGUUCAUAGCGCACACAGCUUUUUAAGGAAUUACUUCCUACCGGUACCCAUUUACCUCACCUGGGUUGAGUGCAGCACACUGUGGAUCAGUUUCUUGCUGAAGGAAAUUACGCCAUGGCUGGGAUUCGAACCCACGACCCUCUGUUUCAAAGUCCGAAGACAAAUCCACUGGGCCACAACGCUCCAAACCAUCAAGUGCAAUCCAGCAUACAAAGCAACAUUACAAUCAAUGGCUAAGUUUUGUGUAACAAGCCCCUGAUCGGUACAUUAAUAGUGUUAUAUUUUCUUCAUCCACCUAGGUAUCAUAUGUGUUUCAUACUGUAGUGUUUUGAUAUCCAUUUGUUUUUAUGUUUUGCGCGAUAGGAAAGAUAAUACCUCAUAUAUCAUGGAUACAGUAUGUACAGGUACUUGCAUAAAAUACAAAUGGAAUGAUCACUACCUAAACCUCAAAUAGAAAGGAUACAUUUCCUGAAAUCCUGCAGGCCUCGUACAGGAACCGGUAUACAACAGAUUAAAGAGAGAUCUCCAUUCAUGAUACACUUUGAGAAAUGUGCCAUCUUUGUCAUUGUGCAAUCCCAGUCUAUACCUAAUAAGGCAAAGUUCUACUAGUAACUCAGUAAGCUGAGUAACAAGGCCAUUCCACUUGCACUGGUAAUCUAGGCUUUGUAUCCCAACUCAAUGCUUGCAUCCUCAGAAUGUCAUCAGGGGACCGUCGCAGAAAGAGUUGCGUUUAAGUCCCAAAUGCGCGCUGUUGAUUGGUUGAAAAUCAAGUUGCGCAUGAUUUUUACAGUUGCGCAUGAUUUUUACAGUUGCGAUUGAUUGCAACUCUUUCUGCAACGGGCCCUAGAUGAUUUAACAGAUGGAUACACAUGUUUAUGGAUAUAACGUAUUUAGUAAAGCUCUUUAAAAAUGUAGAGUAAAAUACAUUGUUUAUCAAAUAAAUGGUACAGUUAAAGUUUGCAAUUGUAAUUUGUAUUGCUUACGACUUUAUAUCUAGAGUUCCAAAAUUGGGUAAUCAAGUAUAAUUUUUUUAUUCUUAUCUCGCUCAUUGAACAAUUGAAUGGGAUCAUAUAUUGUAUUCCUGGAAAGCAAUAUCAUCUAGUCCGAAAAAGAUUGAGCCUGCAAGAAAAGAUUGGCAGUUGGUAAAAUCUUAAACAAGUGUUAGCUGUAUAUGACAGAUUACUUUCUUAUUUUAGAACGUAAUUGAUUUGAAAGUGAAAUAAUCUCCGAUGACUCAUUGUAGAUAUGAAUAAAUCUGUAUAUCCUUUAUAUUAUCUAUGAAAUUAUGUAUAUAGGCACAGUUCAAAUUUAACCAGUUCUUUGUAAACACAGCCCAAUAGAUAUGUUGUUCUGAUUCGCUUUGUGUACUUCAAACAUUUUUUUUUUGUUUACAAGGUAACCAUUUACAACACCCUUUACAACACCCUUUUAGAUUCUCCAGGGCAUAUUCAUAUAGAACUCUAUUGAAAAAACGUUUUUCUUUAAUGAGGCCAUGUUUAGUCAUACAUGUACUUUGCUCUUAAAAUGAAUGAAUUAUAAUCAUGUCUAUUGUCUUUGAUUUUUAAAAAUAAAGAUAUGGACUUCACACUAAUAUUUUGUCACCAUUUUCACGAAGUACACCAAUAGGGCCACAUCACUAGAAAUUUAUUUUUACAUGUAUUUGUACUAGAAUUUGGAUUAUCUCCAAGUUUUCAGACUUUGUCUUAAUUUAGUGGUUUGAUCAAUUCCUUAGAUAGUAUAUUAUCAUGUUAUAAAAAACAUUCAAAUCCAAUCACAUAUAUUAUAUACCAGUAGCCACAAAACAAAAGUGAAAUUAGUAAAAUAUUUCAAAUUUCUUUCUGUCCACUUAAAGUCCCAGGGGCUCGUUGCAGACAGAGUUGCGUUUGAAUACACCUCAUGAAAUCAUGCGCAAAUCUCAUAUUUUCAAUAUUGAUUUGUUGAAAAUCAAGUUGCAUUUGAUUUUGCCGUUGCGGUUGAUUGCAACUUUUUUGCAAUGGGUGGGUGUUUCAUAAAGCUGUUCGUAAGUUAAGAGUGACUUACAGAACGACUGAUGAUCCUUCCUGUGGUAAAUGGUAUACACCAGAAUGUUCGGUGAUGACUAUUUAGCGUGUAAGAAAGGUUAACCAGUCGGUCGCUCGUAACUUCCGAACAGCUUUAUGAAACGGCCCCAGGAAUGGUUUGUGAAAGCAGUGAUGAUUUCAUGAAGUCACUUGCCAGGUGAAGCCCCAAUAUACCCACGCUACUUUGAUUAGUACAUGUACAGUACUGGUAAUGGUAGUUGUGCUCAGAGCUUCCAACAUACAUGUACGACAAUAUGUGAUUUAUUCUUUGCCAUACAUUUAAUGACAUUUAUUCCCGAUUUCCAAUAAUUUCCUUCAAUUUGCACUGGGGCCAUCCUUUCCCAGUAGGCAACAAUAUAAAACUUUAUAUGGGUUUGUUGGUGUUCAAAGAGGGCCUGGUGGCUCCUUGAGAAUAUUUCUAACAAAAUUACUAUUCAAUGGUAAAGUAGAUUUCAUUGUACUCUGUCAGGUGACUAAUCAGGUGACUGAUCACAUGUUAAAAUUGCUGCAUAAGCCUAGUAAUAUGCAUAGCUAUAGUAUCCGGUUAUAUUUUAAGUUGUACAUGCAUCCCUUAUGCUUUUCAGUAGACCACAAAAAGGUACAAUUUGAUGUACAUGUACCUCAAUUACCCUAAAUAAUUGAUCAAGUACUCCCUUGUGGGGCAAAGUGUAUUGCACCGGACUCUGAUAUGGGCAUCCGUAAUCUGAAACCAUUUUAAACUUAUGUUACAUGUUCAAUUAGAGUUACAGUCUAUUACCAAAAGAGAAAGACCCUUCUUUGGUAUAAAUUAGUUUUCUUACAUGUAUGUACGAGUUUGGUUUUCUUUUCUAUAUCAAACUUAUAUUGUUUUAAAAUUAUGUAACCAUAGUAAUUAAUAGCACAAAUCAUUAUGUUCAAACUAACAACACAUUAUCACUUUUUCAUUGACACGAUUGUUUCAGAACUUUUGUUUGUUUGAGCAUGGUGUGGUUUUGGCAUGCCUCUUUAUGAUUCAGUAGAUAGGAUUUUAACUUCAGUUUAGGAGUUCCAUACUUGGGUUUUUCAAUUCCAGACUUUAUAGUUACAUGUAUCGAACUCAACAUUUGAUGCGUCUCAAGGAGGCAUAUUACAGGUGGAUGUGAAUCUUUACUUUGAUCAUUUCAAGCUGUGCGGAAUUAUUAAACAAUACGUGAUACAUUAAUCUUGUGACAUUUCGCAUUGAAACUUGAUAUUUUAAAGCCCAUGUACAUGUAUGUAUGACAGUCUGGAUUAAAGCUAGGUUUUACUAUAAAUGAUUUUGUUGGAUUUUAAUUACAUACAGCUAAAAUAAUUCUCUUACACCAGCAAAAUGAGUGAUUCUGAUACUUUGUAACUUUUUUUAAAAUCACUCUAUUUUAAGCAUAUAUUGAAUUAAAUAUCAGCCAUGCCCCACCUAUCAGUAAUAAUGGAGUCGAGAGCUUUUGGUGGUUCCUGUUGCAUUUAAAGCCAGUUCUGUUUUCUUUACUUGCCAGUCUAUUGGAUUCUUUUUUAGUUCGAUACUAAAUCAAAGGUCCCGGGGAUGUUUCACAAAGAGGCUCUAUAAAGUCAUACUUAACUUAUUUGUGAAAUGCCUCCCUAGUUUUAUAGAGACUUGAUUUAUGAGAACUUUGUCAUUAUGGUAACUGCCAUAAAAAUCUUCACUGUUAUUGGUUGCUGAGCCAUGUUACCAUGGUAAUGGCAAAGUUACCUGAAUCAUAGGUCCUUUAUAGAACAGGCCAUAUGUGUUCUUUUCUCAAUGAAUUUGAAGUUUGUUGCUUUAAAAAAAUUUUCUUUGUAAUUCAAAACUUGGUAAAUACACAGUAAUUCUUCAAGUGUCCAUAUUCAUCAUUUAUUUACGUGGGUAUAUAUUUUUUGAGACAUCAGAAAGUGUUUAUCCUCCUGCUAUUGUUUAGUAAAUCGUAGAAGUAUAAAAGGCUAAUGUCUCCAUUCAGUCCCAAUUUGGGAUUCCCCAUAUGUAUGAAAAGACAAAGUGGCAUUUCACUGAGUUGAAACUUGUUACAUAAAACGGCUUCAUCUGGUUAUCUAUCGCCAAAUCAUUGGAUUCAAGAAAUUAUACUUAGAAUAUGCUGUGUAUAUAACUGGUUUAUGAUUGACUCAGAAUGAAAGCUGUCAAUCUACUUUACAAUAAUCUUAUAUAUUUAUGUUUGUAUCCAAGCGAUAUGUUACAACACUUUAAAAAAUAAGUGAUAUUCAUUUUUUCCCUCUGAAAAGAAAGCUUUAAACUCCUCUUAUAUUGAAUACAUGGAAAUUGCUUUAGUUACACCAAUUAUUCUUCUUGUAUUGUUUAAAUGUAAAGGGCAAGAAUAAAAUGAACAUUUUUUACAUUGUAUAUGGUAUAUUUUGUGCGAUGGACACAAACGUGUAGAGCAUUUAUUAAAGAAGUGUUAACAUGUAUAUGCCUUACAAUAUUGUUAUGUAUGAUGAAGAAUGCUUUAAAUGUGUCUGUUUUUGUUUGUCGUCUGUACAUGCCCAGCAUAGGUUUAAAUAAGUGUUUAUUAAAAGCACAUGGUGCAGAGAACGAUUCCUGCACAUGUUAGAAGAGCUUGACUUCAGUCCACUAUGUGAGCAUUAUAUUUGUAUUUAUGAUACUAAGUGAUUUACUUGUACAGGUAGAUAGAAUAACAGGUUGAUUAUCCUGUGCUUCUUUAAUAAACUGUUUCUUUCAAAACA